AUGGCAACAAAUCUCACUGUUUCUCUAUUGAAGGGUGGUCCACAAGGAAGCGUUCUUACUCCAACAUUAUUCAUCACAUAUAAUUGUGAUAUGUGCAGUUCUCUAUCUGGUUGUAUAAAUCACUUCUUUGCUGAUGACUUAGCCGAAAUUAUGGCCGGUCAAUUAGGAAUAAAUUAUUCUUCUCAAUGUCUUGAUUUGGAAAAAAGAAUCAAAGUUUUUCUUGAUAACCUUGAUUACUAUUCUUGUUUAUCUGAUCAGCCCAUAAAUUUCAAUAAAACUAAAGCUAUGUUUAGUGCGCGCGCCAUUGGUCAUCGUAAAUUUUUCAUUAAUUUUCGUCAAGAUACAAAGAAUAUAAUUGAAUGGACCUCAGAAUAUAAGUACCUUAGUUAUAUAAUUUCACCAAAAUUAGGUUGGGCUACAAAACAGGUAAAAUAUGGUUUAUUACCGAAAUUUGAUGAAUCUUUUGUUCAUCGGCAAGAUGCACAAGGGACCUACGAUUACGUACGUCAAAUGGUCAAAACUUUUCGUACUCAACUAACGACUACAUAUAUUCAAUCGUUGGCUCAUGAAUAUGAGCUACUUUCCGAUGAGAUCAAAUGUAUGAUUGAAGGCAUGCCUCAAGAUAAUGAUGAUGGUUUCUAUGUUGAACCUGGAUAUGCCGCAUUUAAACAAUAUCAUGAUCGACGUGAAAAACGAUUGAAUUUAGAAAUUGAAAAUUCGCUUUAUUUUUUCGAAGAAAAGCGAGUCGAGGGCACCUCCAAAUAUCGAAAGCAAGAGGAAGAAGAAAUAAUAGACCCGGCUCCUCUCCGGCAAAUGCCUGAGAACUUCUUGGUCCCGCAAUAA